CGCGAUGUUCUUCGCACGACGCACCAAGCACGCAGACGAGGACCACGAGCGACUGCUCGAGGCGCAGGCCGACGGCGAGCUCGUCGCCGAGAAGGACGUGCUGAGCGCGGCACAGCUGCGCGAGCUGCGCCAGGCGCGGCACCGCCGCCAGGGCCCGGUCUUUGCCCUCGUGCUGCCGGGCGUGGCGCUGUGUCUCUUUCUCUUCGGCCUGCUCGCAGUGUGGCAUUUGCCCCGUGCUGCGGAGGGACUGGUGGAGGCGGCUGCGCCCGCUCAGGAGGCGGCGCUGGCCCGGCCGGCCGCACUCGCCGGCGUCGUGCCCAUUGGCCAGCUCGUCAACGAGACGGGCUUCCAGAUUCCGGGCGGCUGGGACGUGCACGCUGCGCCGACGACGCGCCGCUUCGCGUGGGACCUCACGCUCGAGACGGCGACGCCGGGCGGGCGCGACAAGCCGAUGCUGCUCGCGAACCGCAUGUCGCCUGGCCCGCUGAUCGAGGCGAACCUGGGCGACCGGCUGCUCAUCACCGUGCGCAACUUUAUGCCCAACGCGACGGCAAUCCACUGGCACGGGCAGCCGCAGAACGGCACCAACUUUAUGGACGGCACGGCGGGCAUCACGCAGUGCCCGAUUGCGCCCGGCCGCUCGUUUACGUACGAAUUUGUCGUGCAGACGACCGGCACGUACUGGUGGCACGCGCACUUUGGCGCGCAGUACCAGGACGGCCUGUACGGCGCCAUGGUGCUGCACUCGCCCGCCGAGGCGCUGCAGCUGGCGCCGGCGCCGCAGCCGCGCGCGCCGCACGACACGACGUACGACGAGGACCGCGUUGUGCUGCUCGCGGACCUCUGGAACGACCUCUCGGGCGCGUACCUCGAGGGCUACCAGUCGUUUGACGGGCCUCCUGGCGGCGUCCAAGGCGACGAGCCCGUGCCCGACUGCGCGCUCAUCAACGGCAUUGGGCGCUGCACCGGCGGGCAGGAGCGGCAGGCGCGCAUGCGUGUCGAGGCGGGCAAGCGCUACCGCCUGCGCGUCAUCCACGCGGGCUCGCUGGCGACGAUGCGCUUUGCGAUCGACGGCCACUCGCUGCUCGUUGUGGAAGCCGACGGCACGGAGGUGGAGUCGCAGCGCGUGCGCAGUCUCCAACUCGAGGCCGGGCAGCGCUACUCGGUGCUCGUCGACAUGGACCAGGCGCCGGGCACGUACGCGAUGCACGGCGACAUGACGGACUCGAUGUUUGGCUACAAGCGGCCGGGCCUGGUCCAGCAGCAGUCGCUGGCGAUGGAGUAUGUGUCCAAUGCGACGGUGGAUGGAGCGGCAGUCCUGGUGGGCAACAGCGCGACAGUCCAGGCGGCGCCGCUGCAACUCGACGACCUCAAGCCGGACACGCUCGUGCCCGUGCACCGCCUCGACCCGCCGGCGGCGACGAAGCAGGAGACGCUGCUGGUCUCGUUUGGCCUCGACGCGACGUCGCACUACUACGGCUUCAUGAACGGCACGGCGUGGGAGAUGCCCAACGGCACGGACGCGCUCGUGCUCGUCACCGAGGCGGCACGCACGGGCGGCACGUACCGCGCGCUCGACAACAGCCAGCUGAUCCUCACCAACGACGAGAUCGUCACCAUGGACCUCAUCAUCAACAACGAGGACGACGGCGACCACCCGUUCCACAUCCACGGCUACACGCCGUGGGUGCUCGGCUCCGGCGAGGGCUUCUUCCAGUACGGCAAGUCGCUCGACCUCGCGCAGCGCUUUGCAAACCCGAUGCGGCGCGACGUGUGGGUCGUGCCGGGCUUUGGCUGGGCGGUUGUGCGCGUCACGCUCGACAUGCCGGGCCUGUGGACCUUCCACUGCCACAUCGGCGCGCACAUGAGCGUCGGGCUCCUCGCCGAGCUGUCCGUGCUGCCGCAGCGCGUCGGGCCGAUUCCGGACGCCGUGCAGGCGCUGUGUCAAGUAUGACGAGUGUCGCACAGCUACGGGGGGCGCCCACAGUCACGAGUAUCCUUCAAUGUAUUUGUACGCAGCGA